AUGAGAGAUCGAUCAGGGGCAGGAACCCAACCGAGAUCUCCACAGCCCGCCGGCAUCGCACCGCGUCAGCAGACCAACGAUACCGACAUCACCGUUCAACAAGACUGCCCAUUUAGCGCGUUCGACGAAUAUUACAUCACCGACUUUCUACAAGAAAAGUUCCAAGAUCUCUCCACGUCGGACCACUGCUGGAUCAUAAAAGGCGUUCGAGGGCUGAGGGAGCUGCUUCACAGGAACAUCUCCGCUAAUCCUAUUCUCAAUGUCACAAUACCAACAUGUGUUACCCUCAACGUUACCAGCUCUGGCAAUUCCUUCUCCAUCGAUUUCUCGGAUGACUCGUACGAAGUCAAUGGAGUUAAAGAGAACGACUUCGUGCUUUUGACUUAUAUCCACCUUGUUACCAUGACUGCUGCGUUCUUUCUCUCAUACCCAAUUAUCCUGGUUCUCGCAGCCACGCCUAGCUUAUGCAUCAUGAUCGACCGCCCGUUGCAGGAGUCAACGAAGCGAAAAGUUGGGAUGUGGCAGACCAUCUUCACCAUCGUUUUCUUCGCGCCAUUAUCGAUUGUAGGCCUUGUCACGGGAAUCAUAGCAAUGGGGAACUCUGACCACGCCAGAACAGAACACGGGGUAACCGGAUAUGUAACGGUCGGCCUGGCGGCCAUCUCUGUCCCUCUUUACUUGUACCAGAAAAGACUCAGCACACGACCGGAUAUAACAUUCUAUAUGUACCGCCGUCUCAAGUUCAUCAACGCCUUGGACUUCCUCGUCUGCCAGGCAAUCCUCCUCAUUUCGGGCUUCGCGCUCCCCGACGGCAUUGACGAUUUUGGAAUCAUGACCAUUUGCGGCACCACCACCAUUUCCUCGUCACUCGUCUUUUCCCUUGGAAUGAUCGUGUCCUUCGUGUGGAACUGCGCGAUGGCGACCAUGACGGUGCAGUGGCUGCUCGAACGGCGCAUCAAAGGUGGAAGUUUCAGGGACAGGGCACCACCUUGGAUGCUUAAGUUUUUAAGGAAGCGCGCGGACUCGGACCUGAGUUUCCAAUAG